UCUCUUUCAACAAUUCAUAGCACCUUUCUCCCUCAAGACUUUCUCUUUCUAGCGUUUGGAAUGGAGGUAAUAGAUGACGAUGAGGAGUUUCUGAGCCUUAGUCUUGCCCUUGUCAAGGAUGCAGAUUUCGAGAGGAAGAGAAAAAGGAAGAGAAAGGUAACUCCGAAUCGUUGCGAUUUGAGUGAAAGCUGUGAGGAAGGUAAAAUAUUUUCCCUCCUCCAAAUGAGGGAGAAAAUGCUAAAGCUUGACCACAACAGAAAAAGAGCAGCAGAUCAUGAGGAUGGAAAAGGGCUUCAUUUGAUUCAUUUGCUGCUCAUAUCCGCAACUUCGAUAAACGAAAACAACAUUAGCUCAGCUGUGGAAAACCUCUGUGAAUUAUACCAAAAUGUGUGCUUGACAGGAGACUCUGUCCAAAGGGUUGCUGCCUAUUUUGCCGAUGGACUCAUGGCGAGGCUCCUCACACGAAAUUCCCCGUUCUAUGACAUGAUAAUGAAGGACCCAACUCCUGAUGAAGAGUUCUUGGCAUUCACAGAACUCUACAAGGUUUCACCAUUGAAUCAGUUUGCUCAUUUCACUGCAAACCAGGCUAUUCUUGAAGCCUAUGAGAAAGAGGAGAACACUAACAACAGGGCGUUGCAUGUGAUUGAUUUCGAUAUUUCCUACGGCUUCCAGUGGCCUUCUCUCAUGCAAUCUCUAUCAGAUAACGCGACUCCUACAAAUCGCGUCUUGCUCAAGAUCACAGGGUUAGGCAGAAGCUUGGAAGAACUUCAAGAAACUAAAUCAAGAUUAGUCAGCUUUGCUAAAGGCUUUCGCAACAUAGUCUUUGAGUUUCAUGGCUUGUUGAGAGGCUCCAAGCUCAUGAAACCAAAGGUAAAGAAGAGUGAAACAGUUGCAGUCAACUUAGUAUUCCAUCUAAGUUCAUUAAACAGUUACUCCAAGAUCUCAGAUACACUAAAAUACGCACAUUCGCUACGCCCCUCAGUUGUAGUCCUGGUGGAACAAGAAGGAAGCAGAAAAACCCACAACUUCUUGUCAAGAUUCAUGGAUUCAUUGCACUAUUUUGCAGGCAUGUUCGAUUCACUGGACGAUUACCUUCCACUUGACAGUGCUGAGAGGUUAAGUAUUGAGAAGAACAUUCUGGGGAAAGAGAUCAAGUGUGUGAUGAACUAUGAUAAAGAAAAUGAGCAUUCUCCAAGAUUUGAGGAGAUGGAAACAUGGAAAGGGAGAAUGGAGAGGCAUGGUUUUCAGGGGCUUAGACAGAGCUCAAACUCUGUGAUGCAGGCAAAACUGCUGCUCAAAUUCAGAAGCCAUUGCUCUGGAGAAAAAUAUGGUGGUUUCAGAGUUUUUCAAAGAGAUGAUGGGAAAGCUAUUUCCCUUGGAUGGCAAGACAGAUUUCUCAUUACUGCAUCUUCUUGGUGCUGUCUAUGACAGAAAUUAUACAAACAAAUUAAUUUGU